AUUUUAUUUUAUUUUUUUUCAGUUUUAUUUUUUUUUAUCGAUGCAACGUUAUGGUGGAAUGCCUCAUAACAAUAAUACAUAUGCAUUAGCUCAAUUUUUAGCCACCACUGGUCCACCAGAACCUUUGGAACAUAAAAUGCGAUCAAAGACGAUUUUUGAUCGACUUCGAAAAAAAGCCAGCCAUAGUAAUAAUGCCAUUCUUUUACAACAACAUCAAUACCAACCUCCUUUAAUGCGGCACAAACAUCAUAGAAAACAUAUUCCUUUAGUGGAGGAUGCUAAUCAACCAAGAUUAUACGAUGAUGAAGAACCAUUGUCCUUUCCCACCCCGCCUGCAUCAUCUUUGCAUGAAUCUCAUCAGGAAGAAAAGGCCAUUGAUAGUUUGGUUCAAACUGAACCUUUACAAACUCGAUGUGAUCAAUGUUGUCGUCCUUUACAAGAUAAUAAGAAAAAACGUAGGGAAAGUAGUCCUGCUUGGUUACAAUCUGGUCAACGCAUCAAGUUGGGUCAAGAAGCUACGGUGUUAUUGGCCUUGAUUGAUCAAUUGAAACAACAAUUGGCCGAGGAACAACAAUCAAGAAAACUCUUGGAAAAAGCUAUCCAAUCACAAUGGUUAGAAAAAAUCGAUGCCUCCGAAUAAAAAAAAUUGUUGUUUCUUUU